AUGCCCGGGCCAUCACAAGGUACCAAGAAGUCGGUGACGUUCAAGAUUCUGCAAGUCAAACUUAAAGGCUUGCAGGAUAUUUUCGACAAUAUUUUCAAGUUCGUGGAAUCGCUGCAUUCAGCUACUGUGUCUGCCAGUGAUGUGAAAGUGCGUUUAGAAAGAAUUGAUGAAUCAUGGGAAAAUGUCAAUAGUGCCAUUAUGGAGUUGGAGGUUCAUGACGACUAUGAUGCUGCCGAGUACGACUACGCCCAGGAUCGAGCAACGUUUGCUGACCGCUACUACACCGCGAAGGCCAGGUUGAUGGAUAAGGCGAGACAGUUGGAAGACGGAAUUUCUCUGAACUCUACGAUUGUUGGAUUGGAAACUUCGCAGCACCCUACCGUGGAGCAUGUUCGUUUGCCGCAGAUCAAGUUGCAGACUUUCGAUGGGAAUGUCGACGAAUGGCUGAGCUUCCGUGAUUUGUACACUUCGCUGAUACACUGCAAACCUGACCUACCUGAAAUCGAAAAAUUCCACUACUUAAAGGGAUGUUUGGCAGGUGAAGCAAAGGCUUUAGUCGACCCCUUUCCUAUCACCAGGGCCAACUAUCAAAUUGCGUGGGACACGAUGACGAAACACUAUAACGAUAGUAAGCUGCUUCGACGUCGACAGGUGCAAACUCUUUUCAAUCUACCAACCCUUGCGAAGGAAUCUGGAGCGGAGCUGCAAUCAUUGCUAGAGAGCUUUGAAAGAGCAGUGAAUACACUCGACCAACUGGUAACGCGAGUCGAUUAUAGGGACUUGCUUCUUCUGUACAUCUUGAGUUCACGAUUAGAUGCAACAACACGUCGAGGCUGGGAGGAGCAGUCGUCGUCCAAGGAAAAGGAUACACUUAAGGAUCUGACGGAGUUUAUCCAAAGGCGCGUUCGAGUUUUGGGUUCACUUCCGGUCAAGCCGGAAUCGAAGGUUGAUUUCCCGCAGUCGUCAAGGAGACGACAAGUACCAACCAAGAUAAACUUCAACUCUUCUCAAUCACAUCAGUCAGGGGGACGAUGUGCUGCAUGCUCAGGUACACAUAUGCUUCACGAAUGCGCUACGUUCAGGAAAAUGUCGAUAGCUUCCAGGGACAAGCUAGUUCGGAACAACUCGUUGUGCAGGAACUGUCUUAGGCACGGACAUUUGGCUGCGGAUUGUACUUCACGUUUUCUCUGUCGAGGCUGCAAGGGCAAGCACCACACCAUGGUUUGUUAUCGAUCGGAAUCCAACGCUGAGAGCAAGGGCUCUAAUUCACAAGGCGGAAAUCCAAAUGGGUCUGGAGAAGGUACUAGAAUCAGGGAGACUACAUCGGCUAAUCUUUCGGGGCAUCGCACAUCUUCCGUUCUACUUGCUACAGCGGUCGUUCUAGUGGAGGACGACAACGGCGUUUCCCAUCCAGCGCGGGCGCUGCUGGAUUCGGGAUCAGAAUCGAACUUCGUAUCGGAAAGUCUCAUGCAGCUGUUACAGGUUCAGCGCAGGCAGGCAGACGUCUCAGUUCAAGGCAUUGGGCAAGCAGUAGCAAGAGUGAAGCACAAGGCCAAUCUACUCGUCAAAUCGAGGAUUUCGAACUCUCGAUACAGGAUGGAUUUCUUGGUGCUUCCAACAGUCACAGCGGAUUUACCAACUUCGAGCGUCGACGUUAAUGGAUGGAAAUUGCCAGACGUCGAGCUAGCCGAUCCAGCAUUCUUCGAAACUAGGUCGGUCGACAUGGUGCUUGGAAUUGAACACUUCUUCUCAUACUUCAAGGCCGGAAAAAGGAUACAACUGGGAAAUGGACUUCCCACAUUCACCGAGACGGUAUUUGGUUGGAUUGCGACAGGCGCCGUCAACAUGUACGAUCAAGCGACGAGGAUUUCUUGUAAUGUGGUAGCAACGGGUGGUUUGGAACAGUUGAUGGCACAGUUCUGGGCUUGCGAGGAAAUAGAAUCGGCAGUGAUUUAUUCUCCGGAAGAGUUACGAUGCGAAGAGCACUAUGUGCGAACAGUGAAAAGAGGCAACGACGGUCGAUACACGGUAUCACUUCCUCAAAAUAAGAACGGGUUUGAAACGGUGGGCGAGUCAAGGGACAUCGCCAUGCGGCGAUUGCAAUGUAUUGAACGUAGACUUCUGAGGGAACCAGAGUUGCGUCAGGAAUACAACAAGUUUAUGCAGGAAUACCGAGAAUUGGGACACAUGCAUAAGGUACACAUCAAUCCAGCCGACGAUAAAAAGAGGUGUUAUCUUCCGCAUCAUCCAGUGGUAAAACAAUCCAGCACAACCACCAAGGUACGCGUGGUUUUCGAUGCGUCGUGUCGAACAAGCACAGGAAGGUCGCUGAACGACGCAUUACUUUGUGGACCGGUCAUCCAAGACGAUCUCCGAUCACUUAUACUUCGCAGCAGAACGAGACAUAUUAUGUUGGUAGCCGACAUCGAAAAAAUGUUCCGGCAAAUCAAGGUUCAUCCAAACGACAUGCCGUUUCAAAGUAUUUUGUGGCGUAAUUCACCAGACGAGGAGGCUGAAACUUAUGAAUUGGCAACGGUUACGUAUGGGACCAAACCUGCCCCAUUUUUGGCUACCAGAACUCUAAAGCAACUGGCGACGGAUGAAAGAGAACGUUUUCCUCAAGCGGCAAUAUCGUUGAUGGAUGACGUUUACAUGGACGAUGUUUUAACUGGAGGUGCAGAUGUUUCGGAAGUUGCUGAACUUCGUAGACAACUUGAGCUGUGCGCAAUUAGUGGCGGGUUCUGCUUCAGAAAAUGGGCUUCAAAUUCUCCGGAGGUUCUCCUAGAUGUUUCCCCAGAAAAUUUGGCAUUGAAAGGAGAGAUUGGUGUUGAUCUAGAUCCAGAUCCUGCAGUUCGCACGCUAGGGUUGACGUGGUUACCAGGAAGGGAUUUUCUCAAAUUUCACUUCAACAUAGCGGAUUUGGAAGGCGUUGAAAAUUUAACCAAGCGGAAGGUGUUGUCGUUCAUCGCUGCUCUAUUCGAUCCUCUAGGCUUCAUCGGAGCUGUAGUGACGUCGGCAAAGAUAUUCAUGCAGAAGAUUUGGUGCCUCCAGGGUGCCGACGGUAAGAGCGUAGAUUGGGAUCAACCUUUGCCACACGAGAUGGCAGAAGACUGGCGUAAUUUCCACGAAAAACUGCCACUCCUGAAUAAGUUGACGAUUUCACGCUGUGUUAUCAUACCGAAUGCUACGGAAAUUCAGUUGCAUGUGUUCACAGAUGCCUCAGAACGCGCAUAUGGUGCCUGCGCGUAUUUUAGGAGCGUUGAUACAGACGGCAGAGUAAAGGUAUCGCUGCUUACAUCCAAAUCGAAAAUAGCCCCCUUGAGAACGCAGUCAAUCCCUCGAUUGGAACUUUGCGGAGCUUUGCACGGAGCACAGCUUUCAGAAAUGGUCAUCAAGGCAGUCAAAUUCAAUCCCAAGGUAUUCUUCUGGUCUGAUUCAUCGUGCGUGCUGCAAUGGCUGAAGGCAAUCCCCAGCACGCUUACGGUAUUCGUCGGGAACAGAGUUUCCAAGAUUCAACAAAUUACGGAGCAGCAUGUAUGGAAUCAUGUACCAGGAACCUGUAAUCCAGCGGAUCUCAUAUCGAGAGGUUUAUCACCCGGAGAUAUUCUGUACAACGAACUAUGGUGGGAAGGCCCUCAAUGGCUGAAAAACGACGACAGCACUUGGCCUAACGCACCGGUAACGUUCAAUGAAGACGAAGUAACUAAAGAAUUUCGACGUGAGGCGGUUCAGUGUUUGGCGGUCGAAAAGGAAGCAUUUGGAAGGUGGUACGUUAAGCAGUUUUCAACGUUUAGCGACAUGGUUAGGAGGACGGCGUAUUUGCGUCGGUAUUUGAAGCCAACUCAGAAACGAACGCAAACAGAAGGUUUUCUGACUACAGAAGAGCUGCAAGAAGCGGAAUUCAUCAUCAUUCGCCACGCACAGCAAGAAGACCUUAGCGAAGAAUGGAAAGCACUCAAAAGGCAGCAGCCUGUUCCCCGAAGCUCGCAGUUACGGUUUUUCAACCCGAUGCUUUCAGAAAACAAUCUUAUCCGAGUUGGUGGUCGACUCAGACAUUCUAGCGAAGCAGAGAAUACGAAGCAUCCGAUAGUCCUACCUGCAAAACACCCGAUAACCAGAAUGAUUAUAGAGCACUACCACAAGCGUUUGCUCCACGCCAGCCCGCAACUUCUACUCGCAACAGUGCGGCUCAAGUACUGGCCACUUGGAGGUCGGAAUAUCACCCGAAUUGUGGUACAUCAGUGUCAGCGUUGUUUCCGAGUAAAACCGAGAGCCAUCCAGCAGUUCAUGGGCGAACUUCCAGCAGCCCGAGUCACCAUCGCGGCACCCUUUAGUCGCACUGGUGUAGACUACUUUGGUCCGGUUUAUCUACGUCUUGCUCCCCGCAGACCAGUUUCUAAGGGUUAUGUCGCCCUUUUUGUCUGCUUGACUACGAAGGCCGUACACCUUGAGCUGGUGUCUGAUUUGUCGACGGAACGGUUCAUUCAAGCGCUAAGGAGAUUCACCGCAAGGCGAGGAAAAUGUUCAGACAUUUACUCGGAUAAUGGGACGAAUUUUGUAGGCGCCGACAACCAGCUUCGUAAACUACUAACCAGCGAAGCUCACAAGGAGAAAAUGGCACGAGAAUACGCAGGGGAAGGAAUCAAGUGGCAUUUCAACCCGGCCGGCGCGCCUCACUUCGGGGGAUUAUGGGAGGCGGCGGUACGAUCGGCGAAACACCAUUUGAUACGCGUCUUGGGGGACAAUCCAGUUAACCCUGAAGAUUUCACCACAUUGUUGAUUCAAGUAGAGGCCUGCUUGAACUCACGACCAAUUACAUCGCAGUCAGAAGAUCCCAACGACCUGGAACCUCUGACUCCCGGACACUUCAUAAUUGGCAAACCAAUACAGCAACUACCAGAUCCAGACUUCUCAAAUAUUCCCAUGAACCGACUUCACUACUGGCAGGCAGUUCAAAAACAAUUACGAGAAUUCUGGAAGAGAUGGCGUACGGAGUAUUUGACACAGCUACAGGGACGAGCGAAACGUUGGCAACCGCCAAUCAAAAUUACUGAAGGUCAGCUCGUCGUUAUGCGUGAAGAAGGUCUACCACCAGCCCGGUGGAGAUUGGCACGCAUACUCCAACUACACCCCGGGGACGACGGAGUCGUCCGCGUGGUAACAUUAAGAACGGCGAAGGGUUCCACUACGCGACCGGUGGAGAAAGUUUGCAUACUUCCAUCUGUCGAUUCCAAGGAGGAAGAUUUGGUAUCUCCUGAUCAAAAUUAG